CGCGGUCCUUUCGCAAGACAACGGAAGUGGAAGAUUGUUAAACAACAUGAGGAAUUUCGCUACGUAUUUUACACGUAUAACUAGUUAUUUUUCAAAUAAAAUAUAGCUAUUGUUCGGUGUUUUCAUCUAGCAAUCAUAUAGUAGCCAAUUAGCUACAUUUUUUAUCUAUCGUUGUCAUGCUGGUAUCUUGAGAUCGUCUUCGUUUAACUUUAUCCAGCUCUAGAAGAUACCCUGGGAUUCAGUGGAAUAAGUAAGUGCAUACUAUGGAUUCCUGCGACUCUGAAAACCUGCCGAUUUUCCAGCACAAGAAAAAACUUGUAAAAGCAGUCCAAGUCAACCCAUUCUUGGUCGUUACGGGAGAGACUGGUAGUGGGAAAACUACCCAGCUUCCGCAGUACUUGUACCAAGCAGGAUUUGGGAAGGAUGGUAAGAUCGGUGUGACCCAGCCACGCAGAGUGGCAGCUAUUACAGUCGCCCAGAGAGUGUCGCAGGAGAUGGGCUGUUCUCUUGGGAGAGAAGUUGGGUACCAGGUGCGCUUUGAUGACUGCUCCACUGAGAACACAAUCAUUAAGUACAUGACAGAUGGCUGCCUGCUAAGGGAGAUUCUGGCAGACCCUAGUCUUACGCAGUACAGUGUGGUGAUCCUGGAUGAGGCUCAUGAGAGGAGCUUAAACACGGACAUCUUGCUCGGCCUCUUGAAGAGGAAGGUGCUGCUGGCUCGAGGGGGUUCCUCCAGCCGCCGCAUCCCUCUGAAGGUGGUGGUAAUGUCAGCCACGCUGGAGACAGACAAGCUGUCUGCCUUCCUCGGGGACUGUCCCGUCUUCACCAUCCCCGGACGGACGUUCCCCGUGGCUGAGAGAUUCUGUGGCUUGAUCGGGCCCAAGGAUACGGACAGCACAGUCUACGUGAAGGAGGUUGUGAAGGUGGCGCUGGAUCUGCACACCAGUGAGCAGGCCGGGGACAUACUUGUGUUUCUUACAGGUCAGUCUGAGAUUGAGAAGGCUUGUGACAUGCUAUAUGAGAAGGCCGAAAGCAUCGACUACCGCUACGACGUUCACGACCGCACGGUCGACGGCCUGUUGAUUCUGCCCCUUUAUGGAUCCAUGCCAACAGAUCAGCAAAGGCAAAUUUUUCAGCCACCCCCGAAAGGCGUAAGGAAAUGCGUGGUCGCCACCAACAUUGCCGCAACGUCCCUGACGAUUAAUGGGAUCAAGUAUAUUGUGGACAGUGGGUUUGUGAAGCAACUGAAUCAUAAUUCCAGAGUGGGCCUGGACAUUCUAGAAGUUGUUCCCAUUUCUAAGAGCGAGGCGCAGCAGAGGGCGGGCAGAGCCGGGAGGACCUCCGCCGGGAAGUGCUUCAGGAUCUACAGCAAGGAAUUCUGGGAGAAAUGCAUGCUGGAGUACACGGUCCCAGAGAUCCAGAGGACCAGCCUCACUGCCGUCAUCCUCACGCUCAAGUGUCUCGGAGUCCAUGAUGUCAUCAGGUUCCCUUACCUCGAUCGGCCUGAAGAGAGGUUUAUCCUGGAGGCCCUAAAGCAGCUGUACCAGUGUGAUGCUAUAGACAGGAGAGGUCAUGUGACCAGGCUAGGUCGACUGAUGGUGGAGUUCCCCCUGCCUCCUGGUCUCACUCGGGCCCUACUGAAGGCUGCGUCCAUGGGCUGUGAAGACCUGCUGCUCCCUGUGGCUGCCAUGUUGUCCGUGGAGAACAUCUUUAUUCGACCAGGCCAGCCAGAGAAGCAGCAGGACGCUGAGAGGGAGCACAUGAAGUUGAUAGCGGACUCGGGCAGCUGCAACGACUUCACCGUGCUGCUGAGCGUGUUCCAGAAAUGCAGAGCCAGUGACUCGCCGUCUGCGUGGUGCAGGGAUCACUGGGUCCACUGGAGGGCGCUGAAGUCAGCCUUCAGCAUAGAGACCCAGCUGCGAGACAUUCUUCUCAGACUGAAACAGCAAAGAGACUUUCCAGUGGAGAAAUUUGAUGGCAGUCGGAGUGAGCUCUUCCGGAGGUGUCUCUGCACAGGGUACUUUGCUAAUGUGGCCAGAAGGGCAGUGGGAAGAACAUUUUGCACAAUGGACGGGCAUGGAUCUGUGGUCCACAUUCACCCAUCAUCCGCACUCUUUCAGCAGGAGAGCCAGCUGGACUGGAUCAUCUUCCACGACGUGCUGGUCACCUCCCGGGUGUACGUGAGGACCGUGUGUCCCGUCCGGUACGAGUGGGUGAAGGACCUGCUGCCCAAACUGCACGAGGUGGACGCAUAUGAGCUGAGCAGUGUGGCCAGGGAGGAGGUGACGGAUGAGGAGGUGGCUAAGUGGGAGGCCAAGGAGGCGGCCAAAAGACAAGCAGGGGAGUCUGCGGAGGACAUGGCGAAGAAAGCGGAGAGGAGGAACGACGACACGUCGGUGUCCGAGGCCCGAGCACGGUACCUGCAGAGGAAGCAGGAGAGGAGGCACCAGAAAGCGCCCUGACCCGUGGGAGCGGCAGGACUGGCUGGAAGGCUGCUGCUCUCCAGAGGGAAAGCGGAGGGGGCCCUGGAAUGUCGUGCCCUGCAUUCCUGCCUCAGCCUGACAGCACAGCAAGCCCACUAAGUAACAGGGGAAAUCGCAUACUUCAGUGGGGAAUGCUGGGCCACUUCCUCUCCGGAAAGAAAUCUCCCCUCACAAUCCGUUGCGUCGCGAGUGCUGUUCCCGGUUAUAGAGCAAGGUGCACAUGAGCGCCACAUCGCAAGAGCACAUGAUGGGCUGCUUCCUGAUGGCAGACAAGGAAGUUCACUGCUGUCAUUACAUGCCUCAUGAACUUGUGGGCUGGUGUAAGCUAUGCAGACUGGGACCUAUAGAGAUGAAAGCUGUGCACUUUCUCCCCUGCUGAUGGUGGGGCUAUGUACGCCAAUAUGAAACUGAAUAAAGGUUUUUAUAACAUUCAA